AUGGGUCAUCUGAGAACUGUGGCGCUGGACCUGCUGCUUUCCCUGGCCAUCUUGGAGGCUGUCCAAUGUUCUCCAAGGGUUCAGGUUUAUUUACGUCACCCAGUAGAGAAUGGUAAACUGAAUUACCUCAACUGCUAUGUGUCUGGGUUCCAUCCACCCCAGAUUGAAAUUGAACUUCUAAAGAAUGGGGAGAAAAUGACCUCGGAGCAGUCAGACUUGUCUUUUAGCAAGGAUUGGCCUUUCUAUCUUCUGGUUCAUUCUAGCUUCACUCCUAAUGGAAAAGAUAAAUACGCUUGCCAUGUGACUCAUGAAACUCUCUCAACCCCCCUGACCAUUGAAUGGGAUCCUGACAACUAA